AUGUUUACUGACCUUCAUGCUGGGAGUGCUGUUCCCAACUUUGCCACCGGAUGGGAAGCUCCAGCUUGGUCCACGGUGUCGUUCAGCGUUCCUGACAACUGGACCGCGGGACGUAUCUGGGCACGUCGUAACUGCGACAUGUCCAAGCCUGGCCCCAACAACUGCCUCACCGGCGGAUGCAAUGGAGGUUUGGAAUGCGACCGUAACAGCGGCACUGGAGUACCCCCUGCAACUGUGGCGGAGUGGACACUGUCCGCCAACCCCAAUAUUCCCGAUAACUACGAUGUUUCCCUUGUCGAUGGUUAUAACUUGCCUGCAAGGAUCUCGAAUAACAAAGGCUGCCCAGUAGCCGAAUGUGCCAAGGAUCUGGGACCCGAUUGCCCCGCUCCUCUCAAGGGACCAUUCGACAGCACUGGAUUCCCAGUGGGGUGCAAAUCUGCCUGUUUGGCCAAUCUAGACGGAAACCCCCAGAACUCUGCUAAUUGUUGCACUGGGUCCCAUAACACCCCCGAGACAUGCCCCGCUAGCGGUGUUGCCUACUAUAGCUACUUCAAGACCAAUUGCCCAAGGUCUUACGCCUAUGCCUACGACGAGCGCAGUGGGACUGCCUUAUUCACCUGUGACUCCAAGCUCAAGGCCGACUACACCUUGACUUUCUGCCCCUGA